AUGACAUGGGCUAAGGCUCAGACUUACUGUAGACAACACUACACUGAUCUUUCCUUUGUUGGUAGCCAGAGUGAUCAAGACAAGUUCCUGUCAGAUGUAGGUGGAAACAUUACAAAAGGAUGGAUCGGUCUCCACCGAGAUACCAGUAACAUUAUUGCCUGGAAGUGGUCAGGAGGAGGAUAUGCUACAUACCUAAACUGGGAUACAAGACAACCAGAUAACUUUGGGAACAAUGAGAACAGUACAGUGGUCUUGCCUAAUGGAAAAUGGAAUGAUUAUAAAGAAACAAAUUCCUUGCCUUUUUACUGCAUCAGUAUUUGGGUGAAGAAGACCUGGGAGGAGGCUCUGGAGCACUGCAGAGAGCAUCAGACUGACCUCACCAGCCUGCUCUCUGAGACCGAGCACCUUCUGGCCCUGAGCAAGAUCCAGCACGACAACAUCACUGAGCAGGUGUGGAUCGGACUGCGCUACCUGGAGGGCCGCUGGCUGUGGGUGAACGGUGACCCUCUGGUGUACCAGGCCUGGCCCCAAGGAGGAGCUCAGGACCACCAGUGUCCAAUAUGGAAAUGCUGUGGAGCUUUAACCAAAGAGGGAGUGUGGGAGAACUGGGACUGUAAGGAGAAACUCAACUUCCUCUGUAACUGA